CUCAAGAACAGAAACAAGAAGAAGAAGAGCAAACGGCAGAAGAAGAGGCUGAGGAUGAAGAUGACAGUGAUGACAGUGAUCCCAUACGAAGCCUCAUCCAGGCCUACCACGCGCUAAAUCCUGCUGUCGUCGAUGAGCUUACUGCUGAGCCUACCCCGUUGCAAAUGAUGCACUAUGUCGCCAAGAAUAGACCCUUCGUGGUGCGCAAGGGUGCUGGCCACUGGCGAGCUGUACACGCCUGGAACAGUGCAUAUCUGCGACAGGUCAUGAUUGGUCGACACGUGCGCGUGGCCAUCACACCGACCGGAAAUGCAGACGGCGUGGUGGAAGAUGAGCGAGGAGGACAUUUGAUGUUGGUGGAACCAUAUGAGAAGAGUGAGACGUUUGACGACUUUUUGGACCAUGUUCAAGCCGAUGCCGGGUUUUCCGAGCAGGAGCGGAAAAACAGGAAUGUUCGGUAUUGCCAGACUCAAAACGACAAUCUGCGUGACGAGUAUGCAGCUCUCUUCCACGAUGUGCCCAACGACAUCAACUUUGCCAGCACAGCCUUGAAUCUAGAACCAGAUGCCGUGAAUUUCUGGCUCGGCAACGAGAGAUCCGUCACAGCACUGCACAGAGACAACUACGAAAACAUCUAUGUCCAAAUCCGAGGACAGAAACACUUCACUCUGCUGUCUCCGGUCGAGAUGCCCUGCGUCAACGAAACUCCGAUUCGAUUUGCGAGAUAUCAGCCUGUCUCUGAUGAAGAUGCACUCCAGGUCGAAUUGAAACCGCGACUCGACCCCGCAGGUGAACCGAUACCAACCCCCAUAUGGGACCCAGAUGAGCCGAAGGCGAGAGCCACGGCAUACUCCAGAUUUGCGAAGCCUCUGCACGUGACCCUCGAGGAAGGGGACAUGAUGUACUUGCCUGCGAUGUGGUAUCAUAAAGUUGCGCAGAGCACCGGUGGGGAGGACUUUUCCUGCGCCGUGAAUUACUGGUACGACAUGGAUUUCAGCGGCACUUUUUGGAUUCAAAAUGGCUUUCUGCGCGACAUGGUCCAAGCUGCUGCGAAGCAAGUCCAAUAUCCGGAGCUUCGGCUAGGCGAUGCAAGCUGAGCAUGCACCCACAAUAUCGCUUAUCAGACAGAAUAAUGAUGCUGCUCCAAGCAGCAUGUGCUGUGGAGCCACUCAUUUGUUUAGCGUCUAUGCAGAGCUCAGACGUCCAGACAAACCACUACUGCAUUGCACUGUCCGUAGCUAGUUUGGUUUCGGAUCUAGGAACAUCGAGGCAUGGUAAACUGACGACGGCUGCUUCACUGAGAUUCCCGGUCAUUGCACCUCCACAACGAAAUGGCGAACUUACUUUCGUACCGAGCGCCUCGCUCAGCUAUUACAGCGAGCAUACACGUAACUAUGCCGCGAGGACGAAGGCUGUAGAAUUUAUCAGUGGGUAGUUUAGAGGGUGUUGCACAUGAUUGCCCGGGAAUAUGCUUCCACAGGAUGGGUGACAGGAAAGGCUCCACACAAUCAUCUGCGUCGUUCUGCGCACUUCUGACAUUUCUUCGUCUCCGUCUUAUCACACUCGUCAUAUGUGGCAAAGUUGCAUCGCCUGCGCCUCAGCGUCGAGAAGAGAAAUUCGGAACCCGCGCUGGCUCGAUCGUCUGGAUUCGGGUAACUUUUCAGAAAAUUGCUUUGAAUUCGAUGGUGUAGGUUCAUCUUGCGACAGCAAUGCCCGCCGAUCCACAUCGUAGCAUAAUGAAUGUCUUCUUGACAUAUGCAUCUUCGACUCCGUACCAUGAGAGUCCAUACUCUCCAGUACAUAGAUGUGCAGGUUUCGAGGCUUCUGGAAAAGCACAGCCGGUCGUUUGCUUCCAGCUCUUCACAUGGCAUACCCUCUUCCGAAACGCCAGCCAAUGCAAUUCAGAUGCCAGAUCCAAACCCAUAUUCAUACACCUCAUUCUCCUGCUUCACGACUCCCUCACAUCCUCACACCAUCUCUCGCCCGACCUCCACCUUUCUCUUUCCCACCCCCAGGUCUUCUCCACCUCGAGUCUUCCUCAUUCGCAAGUCUCCCUCUUCAAUUUUCCCCUACCCGCGGCGCUCUCCCCCAGUCCGCCUUACCCGCCACAUCCUUAAUAUCCUCCAACUUACUCCCCAUCUUCACCAAACUGUACCGAAUCAUUCUCGGAUCCAGUCCCAACGUCCUUCUCACGGCGUGCUGUGUUCUGGCGCUCGAAUCGAAGCGUAGAAUGAAAUAAUGCCCUUCGCGAUACGUCGCGCCUUGUUUUCGUGCGACGUUGGGGAGCGUGAAGGUGCCCCAGUUGGUGAUGCCGCGGACGACGCCGCCGGCCGAGAGGAUGAUGUUGCCGGUCGUACGGGUGAUAUCUUUGAUUUCGUUGACGCUGCGGCCUGGACGGACCACGCCGAUGAGUUCGUAGAGCAUU